AUGUGCGACGCCUACGUUGCCGCGGCCGGAUGCGGAAAUGCCUGCAGCGGCGCGACGCCGGACUGCAAACCCUGCAUGUCCGAGGGCCUCCAGUCCUGCACAGCCAGCUGCAACGAGGGCUGCUCCAGGAACUGCGGUGGCCAGUGCGACUGCACCGGCCCAUGCAACAAAUCCUGUGGCGACGCCACCCAGCGCGCAUGUCAGAGCAAGUACGCCUACUCCUACUAUGCAGUAAAGUAUUGCCACGAAUGCCAGUACAGUGCCCGCACGCGGUGCACCGAUGCCUGCAACAACGACUGCGAAGCCGACUGUGUCAGCGGCUAA